CGCUUGCAUUGCUGCUGCCCGCCAUCAGCAUGCAGUACCAGCCGCCGCAGGGGUACGUCCCUGCGCAGUUUCCUCCCCCGCAGCAAUACCAGCACUCUCCGCACGAUCAGAUUCACUACCAGCAGCAGCAGCCUCGGCACGACUCGCAUCCUCAGUUCCCACCACAACAGCAACCGUCGCUCCCGACGCUCGAUCCCCAACAACAGUACGAAGCUCAACGCCAAUUCCAGCAAGCCGUGAGUCAUCAUCGAUCGAUGCUCCAGCAGAAUCCCCACCAGCAGCACCUGCUUCAGCAGCAUCAUCAAAUGGUGACCCACCACCAGCAGCAGCAGCAACAACAACAGCCCACAUUGCCACAACAACAGCCACCAGCACAACUCCAAAUGCUGCAACAGCAAACCACAGCUCACCACACCACGUUAACACAGCAGCCACCACCCUCAGCCGCUGUCGAGAUGACCUAUCCACAGCAGGCCGCACCAGUACUGCCUUCACACGACACUGUACUGACAACGUCGCCCGCACAUGCAGAUUCCACUCCUUCGUCAUCCCAACAGCAACCUCUUCUCGACGAUGCUGUCCACCGACUGAACGCUCGCGUGGCACAGCUCGAAGCUCAAAUCGGUUUGCCGCCGUCAUCCGCCUCAAUCCUGCCUACGCCGCACCCUCCCAUAUCUGCAUCGCAUCCUACCGCCGCACCCUCGUCGUCGCCUAGCGCACCCAUCGCUCACGGCUUCGUCGCAUACGAUGUGUUUUCAACAGCAUUUCUUCAACCAUUCCUCGAAGCUUGUGAGAAACUCGGACCGGAAGUUGCCAAGUACGGCGCGAUUGUUCGUCGGGCGUUCGACGCCCAACGCAACUACCUCCUCGCGGCGAGUCUGUCGCAAAAACCCUCGACGGGGCCCGUCAAGGGUCUCCUCGCUCCUAUCCAGGAAGCGAUCCGGGAAAUGCACGACCUCUGCGACCUCCGUAGCGAAUUCGCCAACCACCAACACAUGCUGUACGAAGGACUUCAAACACUGGAAUGGCUGCACGUGGACGGCGCGGCGCCGCAUGCGUUCAUGGCUCGGUACAUGGGGGAUGUUUGGGGUACCAAAAUUCGGGCGCAGUACAAGGCGUCGAACGCAGAUCAAGUCCGAUUUGCUGCAACGUUCAAGGCGCUCGUGACGGAGCUCAUGGCGUACGUGGAGGAUUUUCACCCGACGGGUGUUGUGUGGAACCCCGAAGGCGGCGACGUCAAAGACUUCCUCAAACCCCCCUCCAAACGCACCAAGGCCAAGAUCACACUGAUUCGAACUCUGUUGGGCCGCGAGCCCGUCAAGCGCAACUUAAAUUAUAGCCGACAAGGCACGGAAGAGCACGAGAGCUUGACCAAGGCGCUGGCCGAGUGGCGCGCAGACGGCGAGCCUGUCGACAAGCUGAGCUACCGGAAGAAGUACGGGAUUCCGAAACUCAUCUGGAACACCAGGACCAACGCGAACGUGGACCGCCGAGUCAACAUUUACGCGUCGCCAGGGAUCACAACGGUGCGCAUGGAGCAGGAAGAAGCGCUUGUGGCGCGGCUGAAGGAACAGUGCCAGGAAAACAACAUCCGGUGGACGGCCAAGGAUGUCCAGCAGUACGCGGUGCGAGAGAUGGGGGUAUCACAGAUCUCGGUGCGGCAAUGGUACUCACAGCAUUUUCUCAAGCGGUGGCCGGACGCAAAGGACUACAUUAUGCGAUACAAAGAAGCCCAUGGUCGAGAGACUCUGUCAUCGGCAUUGCUGUAACUCAGUCUUGCGUGCUUGUUGGAUAAGCACCGUGUGAUUUGUCU